CGGCCCUUGACUGCCCCUUCCUCCCUCUUUCUCUCGAUCGCUCAGGGAACAGACAUACCGCCGACUCUCUCCGAUAGACCCCGUUACCGCCGCCGAUCUCCGGUCCGCAUAUCCACGCAGCUUGCAUCAUGGCCCUCACAACCGGCGCGAUGGCCAGCAUCUCGCUGGAGGACAAGCGCAACGCUUACUUCUUGAUGUUGCGAUCGCCCACAACAGCCCUGUUCAACCCCGACAGCUGGGCAUACAAUAAGCGAGACGACAAAAAUCCAGCCUCGGAGGUCCGAUCGUGCGUAUCCAUUAUCCUGGACUCCAAUCCCGAGGACGGGCCGGCGAUCUUGGCCGCAUUCGUGGAUUAUCUUGUCCUGGGGCUCCUGCGGCCGCUCCAUAGCCAGCUCACGUCUCCAACGAUGAUCGAAUGUGUGCUCGAGACACUUGCCGCCAUCCUCAGCAAAGUGCCCCCGGGCUGCAUCAGCCCGCUUGCUUUCCAUGAAGCUCUCCUGGCUAUUCCCAAAACGCUGGGUCGCCGGCUUCAACGGCCCCCGGUGCCAUCGCCAUCGCCAUCAGCACCGACAUCGGCACCGACAGAACAGGCAUCGGUCCUGCGAGAUUUUUCGUCGAUGCUGUCGGAGGAGGCUGUGUUGGCCGGAGUUCGAUGUCUCGAAGAUCUGAUGCGGAUCGCCGAGCGGCCCCAUGACGAUCUCGGCCUCUCGAUCGCACCCGCCGAGGCCUCCAAGGAACUCGGAAAGAUCUCGUUCCAAGAGCCCCUGGCCUUUGUGAUAUUCUGGCUGCUCGACAUCCUGGACCGACAGAAGCGACUCGAGCUUCACACGGCCGCGUGCGCAACGCUGACGGCUCUCUUUCGCAGAGUCGAGAAGGUCGACUUGCUGGUCAACGUACUGCCGGGUGUCUGCUCGUCCUUGAGCAAGGUCGUGUGCAAGGCCGAGUCCUCGAACAGUCGACUGCUGAUGGCAUGUCUCGACACCCUGGGGGAUCUCAUCUGCCACGCGCUCUCAGACGAACAAAAUAGCGAAUUCAUCGUGCGGGCCCCUGCAACCUGGGCUGAUCUGAAGGAUCCCAGCGUCAGCUCGAAUGUCGAUGGUGUCGGCGUGGAGGCUGAUCUCGGCAGCCCGUCGACGGCUGUUGUUCGAAGCGAUAUCUCUCGAAUCGGCGACGGCGAUCAGGGCAGCGACUCUGCAACUUCCAAGCCAAGCAGGACGCCCCGGCUCAAGCGCUCGGCCCAAUGGCUGAAUCAAGUCGACGAACGCCUCUCUGGUCUGUUCAAGGCGGUCAGCCAGAGACGGAACCAUCCCCAGUGGAAAGUGCGCGAUUGCUUUGCUCAGCAAUACGGGCAGAUGGCGGUGGCAUGCUGUCAGUCGCUGCCUGCGACUGUCUCUGUCCUGAUCGAGACGCUUGUCUUUUAUGUCGGCGAUCCAUACCCGCAAGUCCGUCAGCAGUGUCAGCGCCAUCUCCACGAGCUUUCGCUGCGGUCUUGGUACGAAAAGUCCUUCCUGGAUCUGCUUCGAGCCAGCCUGCAUCACCGGCUCCAAGGCCUGGCCCAGACACUGACCAGGAAGACCGAGAGCGAGGAACAGAAGCUCGAUGCUCUCCGGAUCGUCAACGGGUACAUGAUCCUGCUCAAAGACGCCUCCUCGGUGGUUCUCAGCACUAGCCUGGGCCAAAUCUCGCCGGGGCUCAUGGAACUGGCCGUCAUGGAUGUGUCGGACGUGCGCAUUGUCGAAGAUCGAACGGCCUUUGGUCAGUACGAUGCCUUUGUGCAGCCAUCCACCGACGACGGCGUUGCCACCAUCCAUCCAACUGAACCAACUGGAUCGACUGGAUCGACUGAGCAUCCAAAGCGAGACACCAAUCGCAAGUCGAUACCGUCCAAGCAUCCGGAGCAGUUCCCUCGGCGCAAGUUUGCGCACUUUCACGACGAGCGCAUCUAUCGCGAGCUCACACUCACCUGUCGCCUCAUGGCACGCUAUGGCAAUCCCCUACAGUUGUUUGAUCACUUUUGCUCAUACUUGCGCGAAAGCAGUAACAGCAGCAACAGCAACAGCAACAGCAACAGCCGCAGCAGUGGUAAAGGCGGAAAUAGCAGCAGAACCAGCCACGGCUCCGAAGGCAGUACCAUCGCCAACGACCCAGACGUCCGAUCGGACUACAGCGUGCAAGCGUUGUUCUACUUGAACGAGCUCUGUCUGGGCGUAGGUGGUGUUGGGUUGGGUGAUGAGCCUGUUCAAGGCCAGGCAGAUAGAAAGAAAACCGCCCGGGCACGCCGAAUCGCACAGUCGAUCGUCCAAGAGUACAUCAAAUGCAAGAUUAUGGACGCCCCGACACAUGUCAGCGAGGCCGAAGCCGAUUCGGGCACGCAGCACGACCGUCCUGGCCCGAGCGGCAGUAGCAAUGCUCUGCUCUUGAAGGGACUGCCAACGUCCCUCGAGCAGCGCCUCCAUAUUGUCGAUUUGCCAAGAAAGAACUCAGUUUUGUCGUUCAAUCUGAACAUCACCCGAAUCAGUCUGAUCCUCGAGGGGCUCGCCAACUGCUCUCGAAUCCUCAAGCGAGAGUUCCGGCCGCUGCUGAUGGACUGCGUCUAUCAGAUUCUCGAAAAGAUCGGGCAUACCAACACCAUCGUGAACGCCUCGGCGAACGCCGCCCUCUUGGUGAUUGCAGAGCAGUCGGGCUAUGCGACCCCCAGGGAGCUCAUCCUCCAGAAUGUGGAUUACAUCAUCAACAAAGUCUCGUUGCGGCUCGGACCUCACUGCUUUCAUGCCAAGGCGCCUGUCGUGCUCGAUGCAGCGAUCCGAAUUGCCGGCGGCAGCAUCAUCCGCUUCAUGGCAGACUCGAUCGACGAGAUCUUGGCGACCCUGGAUGCCUACGAAUACUGGAGCCAGCCCGAGCUGCUGGUGGCUCUGGUGACGGUCAUGUAUCGGCUCACGUUGGCGAUGGACCCUUCCGAGAAUGCGGCUGCUGCCCCAGGCCAUCAGAGUGUCCGGACUGAGGCCCCAGGUGACUCUGACGACAGCAAGCUCGGCAAGGCGGAGGACACUGCCUCACCCGGGACCAUGUCUCCAAGCGAUGUGGCGGCUGAUGUGGCAGCGUCUGCACGGGAAGAGAUAGAAACAGGCUCUGAACCGGCUAACGCAGCUGAAGAAUGCGAAGACACUGAACUGGCAGCCCCAGGCGUCUCGAGCGAGAUCCAGCAAUUCUGUCUCUACUACCGCUCGGCCAUGGAAGUCGAUAGACAGGAGGCGGUCUCGGGGCCUGCGAAAGACGGCAGCGAAGAUGCCGGCGGCUCGAGCCCCGAAGAUGUGCGCGACUUUUUCCUCGGCCAUCUCAAGCAGAAAGAAGCAGCCGCAGCAGGAGAAAUCGGCAAAGACGGCGAGGACGGCGACGAUCCGAUGGGUGCUGCCACUGGCGUACGCGACCCCGAUCCACGCAAGUCGAGCUGGGAGCAGGAUCUGUGCAUCCGGAUAGUGCAGAAGCUUCAUCACUUUCUCGCGGCAGACUCGGCGCAACUGCGGGCGCUGGCCCUGAAGACGAUCCGCAGCGCCAUUCCGGUGCUGCAGACCCACCUCGACGAGCACGGGCGCGAGAACGAGUUCCUCAACCCACUGAUCCACACGAUCUGGCCGCAGAUCCUCUCACGCCUGGACCGAGACCGCGAGCACUUUGUGCGGCUUGAGGCGCUGCUGCUGAUCAGCACAAUCUCGGAGCACUCGGGCGGGUUUGUUGCCAAGCGACUCCGGAGCGACGUCCUGCCGCGGUUCGAGCAAGUGUUCAAGCAGUGCCUGGAGGUUGUCCCCCGCGGCACAACAGGGCGCCAGCGGCCUCUCGAUGGCGGUGGGCCAGGCACAUUCGCCGCUGCUGCCGCCGCCGCCGACCGGGACCUCGACAUGACCAAGCCCUUUGGUGUGUUGUUCAAGAUCCAGUACGCUGUGCUCGAGAACCUGUCGGCGAUCCUGCGAUCGUCCAAGGCCAUCGGGCUGACGAGCAGCGACUUUGAUCCGCUCGGCCGCUACAUCUGGAGGUACCUCGACAGCAGCGCCUACCACGCAAGCAUCCAGCAGAAGGCGCAGGAGGUGCUAUUGAGGGUGGCGGGGGUGGACGCAGACGGAGUAUGGUACCUUGUCUCUGCCCUCCUCACCGGCAUGACAAGUGCAGCGCAGGUCACAAGGGGCGCACGACCGAGCCGACAGGGGAACACCCCGCUUGUUCGUGUGAGUUCGUGGGAAGCAACGACAAGCCCGACUGCGAUUGAGGCGAUGCAGCUGCUGACCAAGGACAGCGCGAGCAAGGCCACGAAGGACAGCAAGGGAGCGUCGUUGCCCAAGACAGGCGUUGCUGACCGAGCAAAGGCAAGCAGCGCAACAGCCGGGGCAAGUACAACAGUGUUUGGGCCGUGGACAGCCCCCACGGACGCCUUUGUGGUCCCGCAGAUCCCCCACUGGGUCUUUGACCGGGCUGGGCUCGCAAGAGAGCACUCGCUGUCGCAUUUCCGGCGCAACCUCGAGAUGCUGGCUGCGAGUCUGUGAUGGCCCGCGGCUCUGGAAGCAAUGCCGGGCCAUGGCCGCUGUGGGCAGCGCUACGGGACGAUGGAUGGCUGCAGCGCAGACGAUGUACGGGGCGGUUGUAUCGGGCCUGGACGAGUCUGGCUUGCCGAAUGCCUGGCCUUGCAUC